GUAGUUUAGGAAAGAAAGAGGCCGUACAGAAACUGCGUCGUAUUCCGUGUGUCGUGUGGCGAAAAGCCAGCGUAAACAAAUCCGUUGAGCGGCAGGGGAAGGAGCCUCUCUCUCUCUCUCUCUCUCUCCGCCGUGCUAUGACGGCGCCGAGGCCACCGUCCGGUCGAUCACGGUCGCUCCAAGAUUCGUCGGAGUCGGAGAAGAUGGAGGGUACCGGUAGCUGGGACGCGCUUGAGUGGACCAAAAUCGAGCCGGUUUCGCGGUCGGUUUCUUUUGGGAAUUUGGAUUGCUUGCUUGAAGAAGAGAGGGUAAUCGUCGAGGGUUACGGAGUUGUCCUCAUGAACACGGAUGAGGCUGGGACCCUUUUGGUGACCAAUUUUCGUAUUCUGUUCUUGAGUGAAGGAACCAGAAAGAUUAUUCCACUCGGUACAAUUCCGUUGGCAACUAUCGAGAAGUUUAGCAAAAUGGUGCAGAAAAUCCAAUCGAAUACUCGUCAAUCUGAGAAGAAUCUGCCAAGACGUCUUUUACAGGUCACUGGCAAAGAUAUGAGAAUAAUUGUCUAUGGUUUUCGUCCACGAACCAAGCAGAGACGUGCGGUGUUUGAUGCAUUAUUGAGGUGUAGCAAGCCAGUGAGAAUCUGGGAUCUUUAUACUUUUGCAUGCGGGCCUUCCAAAUUCUGUAACACGGAUCCAAAGGAAAGAUUACUGAAUGAAUAUUUCCGUCUUCUCGGAAGAAGUUCUUUACGAGCGUCAGUGGAUAUGAUUGAAGAUGGAUCAUUCACAUUGUCCAAUGAGAUGUGGCGGAUAACUGGUUUAAACUCCAGUUAUAACUUGUGUCAAACUUAUCCGUUUGCUUUGAUGGUUCCAAAAUCCAUAAGUGAUGAAGAGCUACUCCAGGCAUCUACUUUUCGGGCAAGAUGCCGUUUACCUGUGAUUACGUGGUGUCAGCCAGGAGGUGGAGCUGUGCUUGCACGCUCAUCCCAACCUUUAGUUGGUCUUAUGAUGAACAUGAGGAGCAACUAUGAUGAGAAGCUUGCUGCUUCAUUCUGCACUCAGCUAGCUGCUUGUGAUGGAACACGAAGGAAGCUUUAUAUAGCAGAUGCGAGACCUAGGAAAAAUGCUUUAGCAAAUGGAGCAAUGGGAGGUGGCUCAGAAUCUUCAUCAAAUUAUUUUCAAUCCGAAAUUGUUUUCUUUGGAAUAGAUAACAUACAUGGUAUGAGAGAGAGCUUCUGUCGUCUUAGGGAUUAUGUAGAUAUGCAUGGCACAACAUCAUCUGAUGGGAUGUCAUCAUUCUUGAGACAUGGUGGUUGGUCAUGGAGCGGAGGUAAUCUCAGCAGUAUGUCUGCAUCAGUAUCCACACUCGGAGAUAGUGGUUGGUUGAUACAUGUCCAGAGCGUCUUAGCUGGUGCAGCAUGGAUUGCUGCACGUGUUGCUAUGGAGUCUGCAUCUGUUCUUGUGCACUGCAGUGAUGGAUGGGACAGAACAACUCAGCUGGUUGCUCUUGCAUGCUUAUUGCUUGAUCCAUACUACAGGACAUUUGCUGGGUUUCAGGCUCUUGUCGAGAAGGAUUGGCUAGCUUUUGGGCACCCAUUCUCGGAUCGCGUUGGAAUGCCUAACAUAUCUGGAUCUGGUACCGAAUUACCAAGACAGUCUUCUUCUGUUGCAAGCUAUCCUUCAUCUCCAGUGCGACAGUCUACAACAUCAAUGGCCUCUCAAUCUUCUAGCUCUUCGCAUGGGCAGAACAACUAUUCUCCUAUAUUUUUACAGUGGGUUGAUUGUGUUGCACAGCUAUUGCGGAUGUAUCCUUCUGCUUUUGAGUUUUCUUCGACUUUCUUGGUAGAUUUCAUGGACUGUGUACUUUCAUGUCGUUUUGGAAACUUUCUGUGCAACAGUGAAAAGGAGAGACAGCUAUGCGGGAUUUCUGAAUCGUGUGGAUGCCUGUGGGCAUACUUGGCUGAUCUACGUUCGUCCGGUGCAAUCUCUCAUGUCCACAGUAACCCAUUUUACGAUCCUUUGAGAUUUGAUGGCCCCUUACUACCUCCCGCAGCAGCUCUAGCCCCGACCAUAUGGCCUCAGUUCCACCUUCGAUGGGCCUGCCCCUUGGAAGCCAGUGCUGCGGAAAUUGAGGUCCAGUGCAGAGCCAUGGCAGCGAAGUACUCCGAGACACAGAAGGAGAACGAAGCAGCGGAAAGGAAGAUUGAGGAGAUGUCAUUUGCAAUGGAGUCAAUGGGUGCAGAAUUGAUGAGAGAGAGACAGAUGAGCCGCUCGGCUAGAGAAUCGGCAAACAGAGCCACCAAGGAGUGUGCAGCGGUAAAGCGAGCCGUACAGUCGCUGGGCUGCAAGGUUAACUUCACCUCAAAGACAGGGGAUUGCACGGUUGACAUCGAGUGCAACCCACCGAAAUUCUCUCACACUCCUCCCCCUCCUCCGAUGAAAAGACCGUCCGAAAACCAACGGGAUGAGGACGAGUCAGAUGGCUCGGUAUCCAUCACAGUAAUGCCGGAAGGGAACAGUCAGGGCAGGAACCCGAUAGGCCGAGUAUGCGAAGCUUUGUGUCCAUUGCGUACACGGGAUGGAGGAUGCAGGUGGCCACACGCGGGUUGUGCUCAGCUGGGAAGCCAGUUUGUCGGGUUAAAAGCCAACUUCGACGCCUUUGAUAGGCUCUCCAUCUACGACAGUUACUUCCCACCCGAAUGAAAAGAGUCUUUCAUUUUUUGACGUAAUCAAUAAGCAAGCAGGGACAUGACAUGAUCAGAAAGGGAAGAGAAUUCAUCAGAAUAAUAAGAAACCGCCCGAAACACAGCGAUAGCGAAAGCGUUAGCGUUUUGGAAUGGGUCUCGGGAUCUUCGGAUUUGUACAGAAAAGUUAUAGAGGACAUGGCAUAGAGAGAGGCUCAAAGGGGAAUUGUCUCUGUCACCAGAAGGCAGAGGCGGUGACUCUCUGUCUGAAGCAAUAAAGCUACUGCUUAGUCUCUGGUAAAGCUUUUUAACUCCUUUGUUAGUCGAAUUCCGAUUCUUUUCUUUUUUUUGAGGGAGGCCUUUGUCAAUAAGAUUUGGUACGUGUACGGCCUAGGGGAUGUUUCUGUAACAUGAAAAUUUUUCCACCCUCAGAAGCUCCAAAGUAGAAUAAAGAUCGUAUUACGCGUUUGUUUGAAUUUA